CAAACAGUUGUGCUUGAGGCGUUAGCUCAUACGGUUAUCAUCAAGUCCGGCUCUCCAACGUAAUAUGUUUUGUUGCCGCUCGCGUUUGCUUAUUGCAGUUGUUGUUGCCUUGCUGUCAGUUCGUCGUGUGCGGGCAGCCUAUGGCGAUGACUGUAAUACGCCGCGUGGUGAUCGUGGCCAGUGCCUGCCCUAUUCCUCCUGUGCGGAUAUAGAAAAACAAUUGUUGCAGGCUCAGAAGUCUGGAGAGCGCGUGACUCCGGAGUAUGCGGGCUAUUUGCAAAGCGCUGCCUGUGGUGAAUACAAUGGAGUGCUUCACUUUUGCUGUGCUUUGCCACAGAUUCAACACAAUUCCAAGGUCAUGGAACUGUUUAAGAGCUCGAACUUUAGCUGUGGCUCCAUUCUAAAUCAACGUGUGGCCAAUGGCUAUGAGGUGCAGCUUUCCUCGAGGCCCUGGAUGGCCUUGCUGCGUUAUCAAAGCAACGGAGAGUCGCGCUUCUUAUGUGGUGGCACGCUUAUCUCCAAUCGCUAUGUACUGACUGCGGCUCAUUGCAUCUUCGGUUUGCAGGAACAACUCUACCAAAUACGUCUGGGAGAGCAUCGCAUUUCCACGGAGCGGGACUGCCGUCAGCAGGGACGUAAACAAAAGUGUGCGCCGCCUGUGGUGGAUUUGGCUAUUGAAAAGUAUUUAAUGCAUGAGCGAUACGAUGGACGUCGCAUUAUGAAUGAUAUUGCUCUGCUGCGUCUGAAUGACACCGUUAAUUUUGAGAAGCACAUUAAGCCCAUUUGCCUGCCCAUUAGCUCUGAAUUGAAGCAACAGUCGGAGUCUCUACCCAAUUACUUUGUUACCGGUUGGGGCACCACUGAGAACGGUUCCUCUUCAGAUGUGCUCUUGCAGGCAAGUGUUCCCAUUCAACAGCGUUCCUCCUGCUCUGAUGCGUAUCGACGUGACGUGCCACACAGCCAGUUGUGCGUGGGUGGCGCCGACUUACAGGAUUCCUGUAAGGGGGACUCCGGCGGGCCGCUGCAAGCUCCAGCGCUUUAUUUAGAUGAGUAUAAAUUGCGCAUGGUGCAAUUCGGGAUUGUUAGCCAAGGCGUAACAUCUUGUGGUCAGAUUAGUCUUCCCGGACUGUACACCAAUAUCGCAGAUUAUGUGCAAUGGAUCACAGAUACAAUGGCCGUUAAUGGUUUAUAAAUAAAUAAUGUAAAUAAUAAUUUAUGCGUAAUAAACUUUCGAUAAU